CGGUGACUCUUACCUCACAGAGGUAGCUCCUCCGCCGGCAGCAGCUCGGCGCCCCGGCGGUCCAUGGACCGGAACCCUGGGCGGACCGGCAGGAACCCGGGCCGCGACCGCCGCCUCCCGGCCCCAGGCUCCUCCUCCUCGCUCCCCGCCGCCCUCUGCGGUCGCCCGCCGGCCGCGCACUGCCACCGCGGGUCUCUGGGAGCCACGCCGGGAGGCCGUGUGGCGGGUCCGCGGCCGCCGCGGGACUGAGGCCUACUCCGCCGCCUCUCAGUGCUAUUGUCCCGGGGCCUGACCCUGAGCGGGGCUGCGAGCGAGGGCCGAGCUCGCCGGCUCCGCGGAAGAUGCCGGAUCAAGCCCUUCAACAGAUGCUGGACAGAAGUUGCUGGGUGUGUUUUGCCACCGAUGAAGAUGAUAGAACAGCUGAAUGGGUGAGACCAUGCAGGUGCAGAGGAUCUACUAAGUGGGUUCACCAGGCUUGUCUACAGCGCUGGGUAGAUGAGAAGCAGAGAGGAAACAGCACGGCCAGAGUGGCCUGUCCUCAGUGCAAUGCCGAGUACUUAAUAGUGUUUCCAAAGCUGGGUCCAGUCGUUUAUGUCUUGGAUCUUGCAGAUAGACUGAUCUCAAAAGCUUGCCCUUUUGCUGCAGCAGGAAUAAUGGUGGGAUCUAUCUAUUGGACAGCUGUGACUUACGGAGCAGUGACAGUGAUGCAGGUUGUAGGCCAUAAAGAAGGGCUGGAUGUUAUGGAGCGAGCUGACCCUUUAUUUCUUUUGAUUGGACUUCCUACUAUUCCUGUCAUGCUGAUACUAGGCAAAAUGAUUCGCUGGGAGGACUAUGUGCUUAGACUAUGGCGCAAAUACUCAAAUAAACUACAAAUCUUGAACAGUAUAUUUCCAGGGAUUGGUUGUCCUGUUCCUCGAAUUCCAGCUGAAGCUAAUCCUUUAGCAGAUCACGUCUCUGCUACUAGAAUUUUGUGUGGAGCCCUUGUCUUUCCUACUAUUGCGACAAUAGUUGGUAAACUGAUGUUCAGUAGUGUUAACUCAAAUUUACAAAGGACAAUCUUGGUAAGAUGGAUUUAAUAUUACUUGUUUCAAGCAGUAUACAGACAAGAGUGGACUGUAUUUGUGUUUAAAGGGAGAGGUGUUCUAUAGGGGGUCUGUGGCUGCUCCCUCCAUCAACCCCACUGUCAGUUUAGCUUGAGGGAGAUACGAAAGCAGGUCCUCCUACCAGUCUAGCCUCCUGGACCCUCUCUAUGGGUACCUUCUCUUCUGGACUGUGCUCUGGGUUCAGUCCCCAGUACCAGCGUCAUAAAUAAACAAAUGAGAUGAAACUGGC